AGUGGCAAGCCAAGUAGCUGCUCUUGACCUUGGUUACAAACCAGGAGUAGAUGCUAUCAGGAAGAACCCUCCUAAAGUGCUGUAUCUCUUAGGGGCUGAUGCAGGUUGUGUUACCCGACAAGAUUUGCCUAAGAAUUGCCUUAUCAUUUAUCAGGGUCACCAUGGCGAUACUGGAGCUUCUAUGGCUGAUGUAAUUCUUCCCGGAGCAGCUUAUACAGAAAAGACGGCAACCUAUGUAAAUACCGAAGGAAGGGCUCAACAAACCCGAGUAGCAGUGACACCCCCUGGCCUGGCCAGAGAGGACUGGAAAAUUAUUAGGGCACUCUCUGAGGUGGCUGGUGUGACGCUCCCUUAUGACAAUCUUGACCAAGUGAGGAGGAGAUUAGAAGAAGUGUCUCCUAAUUUGGUUCGAUACGAUGAUGUGGAAGAAGCCAACUAUUUUAUUCAAGCAAAUGAAUUGUCCAA